AUGCUAGAAAAUAAGAGGUUAUCCGCUUCUCCAGGGAAAGGUAAGAGAAUGUUGGAGGAAGGGGAACCUAGCAAGGAGGAGGCUACAUCUAGGAAAAAAAGAAAGAGUGCCACUAGGAUGAAAUUCCAUGAAGAUAAGAAUUACACAGAGGAAAUUGGUAAAGAGGGCAGUGAAAUGGAAAUAGAUGAGUCAGAGGGUGAGGACAACUGGAAAGAUGAGGAAAUGGGAGCAGAGCAUGAAGAAGGUGAGAACGAAUCUGACAAUGAUAACCCAAUUCAUAGUGCUAGCCCUGGCAAUGACAACAACCAACCCAUGAACUUGGAUAAAAAUGGGAAACAGAAGGAUGACAAAAGGAAGGAAGAUGAUAGGGAUCAGAAGCAGUGGAAGAAGGAAAUGGAGGAGAAAGUUAAUAAAAUGGCUACUCAGAUUAAUUUGCUGGAAGAAGGGAAAGUGGCGAUGAAAAACCUGUUGGGUAUUAUUCCGAAUAUCUUGUCCGCUGUCACUAAAAACCUUGAGGAUAUCUCAAAGAUCUUUGAUAAUUCCUAUUCUCCCAAAAUAGUGGUUGACCUCGACAUGGAUGAAUAUGCUAUCAAGAUUGGAAGCGGUGAAGCUACUUCGAGUGGAGCUGGAAAGAGAACUAGAGUCUGGCCGGAUUUUACUGGUUUUUUGGGGCUUUAG